AUGUCACUAACUGCAUCAGCCGCUACGGCAAUUUUGACCGGGCUGACCGAGAAACCUGGCAAAGGAAAACAAUGGGACGACCAGUUGCAUGACUUGCGCGAUCUAUACACGCAGUUCGUGGUUAGCUCUGUGCUAGGCCUGAGCGCUUUCCUAACGUUUUGUAUCCUGCGACCAAAAUGGACCGAGCUGUAUGCAGCACGGCGCCGACAACGAAACGCCGCUUCGCGCCUACCGGAACUGCCCAAUACCAUGUUCGGCUGGAUUCCGGUUCUCCAUCGCAUCACUGAUCAGGAGGUCCUGCAGUCCGCAGGCCUGGAUGCUUAUGUGUUCUUGUCUUUCUUCAAGUUUGCGAUUCGUUUCCUCCUCGCCGUCUUCAUUUUCGCCGUUGCAAUCAUCCUCCCCUUACACUACAAAUAUACUGGGCAAUAUGGAGUUCCUGGAUGGGAUAACGUUCCUGGCAAUGACACCAUGAUAGCUGAGAAGGACAAGCCAGUCACGGACCCCGGGUAUCUUUGGAUUUACGUUUUGUUUGCGUACGUCUUCAGCGGCUUGGCCAUUCAUAUGCUUCUUCAAGAGACGAACACAAUUAUCCGCACUCGUCAAACGUACCUGGGGAAUCAGACCAGUACUACUGAUCGCACAAUUCGCCUGUCUGGAAUCCCGCAUGAUCUGAGCACCGAGGAACAGAUCAAGGACUUCGUCGAGGGCUUGCGCGUCGGUAAAGUCGAGAGUAUCACAGUUUGCCGGAAAUGGCGUGAGCUGGAUGAAUUGAUCGACGAGAGAAUGAAGGUCAUCCGAGAUCUCGAAAGAGCAUGGACGAAACACCUAGGAUAUAAGCGACCGAAAAGCGACGGAAACACACUGCCCUUGACCAACCAACAAUCACACGACGAGGACAACGAGCGAUCCGGCCUUCUUUCUGGAAGCGAGCACGAUAAUACCAUGGACUAUUCCAGCGAGAGGCCCAAAUUCCGCUUGUGGUAUGGCCCAUUCAAGCUUCGGUAUCGCAUGAUCGACGCCAUCGAUUAUUUCGAAGAGAAGCUGCGGAGGAUCGAUGAGCACAUUCAGAAUGCGCGAGAGAAAGAAUACCCAACCACCGAGAUCGCAUUCGUGACUAUGGAAUCUAUCGCUGCGUCUCAAAUGCUCGUGCAAGCCAUUCUCGACCCUCACCCGAACCAGAUGUUUGCUCGACUUGCCCCAGCGCCGGCGGAUGUGAUUUGGAAGAACACAUACUUGUCUCGAACUCGUCGGAUGGCUCAGUCGUGGUCCAUCACUAUUGCUAUUGGGUUCCUUACUGUUUUCUGGUCGGUGCUUUUGCUCCCCAUUGCAUCGCUGCUCGAUCUGGAAACUCUUCGGAAACUCGUUCCCCAAUUGGCGGAGUUCCUUGAGGAGCAUGUGCUUUUGAAGUCUUUGGUCCAGACUGGUUUGCCCACCCUUGCAUUCUCGCUGUUGACCGUUGCCGUUCCUUAUGUCUACGAGUGGCUCUCGAACAACCAGGGAAUGGUUUCACGCGGCGACGUGGAACUAUCGAUCAUUUCCAAGAACUUCUUCUUCUCGUUCUUCAACCUGUUCCUGCUCUUCACCGUGUUUGGAACAGCAAGUGGGUUCUAUGGCUUCUGGGAGAACCUCAGGGAUGCAUUCAAAGACUCCACCACGAUCGCCUUUGCUUUGGCCAAAUCUCUCGAAGGUCUCGCUCCAUUCUACAUCAAUCUGUUAAUUCUGCAAGGUCUGGGUCUCUUCCCAUUCCGACUUCUCGAAUUCGGAAGUGUAGCACUCUACCCCUUCCAGUUCCUCUCUGCUCGCACGCCACGAGAAUACGCCGAACUAGCAACUCCCCCCAAGUUCAGCUACGGAUUCUCAAUCCCUCAAACCAUCCUCAUCCUCGUGAUAUGCGUGGUGUACAGUGUCUUCCCCAGCUCAUGGUUGAUCUGCCUAUUCGGUCUCAUCUACUUCACGGUCGGCAAAUUCAUUUACAAGUACCAACUCCUCUACGCCAUGGACCACCAGCAGCACUCCACCGGUCGUGCAUGGCCAAUGAUCUGCAACCGCGUAUUCGUCGGUCUGCUCAUCCACCAACUCGCCAUGAUCGGCGUCCUAGCCCUCCGCCGCGCAAUCACCCGCUCCCUGCUCCUCGUGCCUCUUCUGGGCUUCACGGUCUGGUUCUCCUAUUGGUUCGGUCGCACAUACGAGCCUUUGAUGAAAUUCAUCGCCCUCAAGAGCAUUAACCGUGACCAGCCGGGUGGCGACGAUAUCUCCCCGUCGCCUUCCUCCAAUUUCUCACCGCCGUCGGGCCUCGACCGCGAUAGUCUCCCGAUUCGCAUUGGCGGUCAUGAUCUGGAACUGCGGCUGAAGAAGUACGUCAACCCGAGCUUGAUUGUUCCGCUGCAUGAUGCCUGGCUCCCUGGUUGCACGCCUACUCCAGGCAACGGUGCGUCGGCCUUUGAGGCUCAUCAGACGCCCAAUGUCUGA